UUUGUGAUUGGUCCGGCGGCUUCUGGGAUCUGUCAUGUGUCCCAGGUACCGCCUUACCAUUCACAAAAAGCACCGCUUCUUGCGCAUGCGCACUUGGCACACGGCUGUCAAGCGCCCACACUACAGAAGCCGGGAAGACAGCGCGCCGCUGGAUAGAGGAACAGGUAAGGUCAAAGAACAACUCCGCGGAAGUAAGAGAGCGGGUACCUGUCAAAUUCAGGUACCCGCUCCCCAAAGGUCAGCAGUCAGCUCCAUAAGGUCCGCAGUCUCUUGGUGGUCCCCUGCACUGUGUCCGCAGUCUCUG